AUGAAGGAGAAUAAUUAUUAGAUAUUGCCUGAGAUCAGUAAAGUCAAGAGAAUUCAGUAAGAGCCACCUGCUCUAAGCUAAAAUGAUGUUGAUAGCAAGUAUCAAAGUCAAAAUAAUUUCAUUGAUCUCAAAUUGGAUAUUUAACAUUUUAAGACGAAUAGAGAAUCACUCCAAGAUGAUCCCUUGAAAUCAAUGACUUAGAGAUCAAACUAAGUUCUUACAAGAAAUAACUCUGAAAUAAAAAUCAAGAAAAUAAACAGUAAGGCGAUAGCUUAAAGCGAUCUAGUUAAAAAUCAAUUCAUUGGAAAUUUGAAUGCAGGAAUUAAUGUAGAAGCUUUUGAGUCUAUCAAAUCUUUGAUGCCCUAUAAAAAUUAGGGACUGCACAGAGGUAAAGGCAGUGUUGGUAACUUACACAAUUUGCUGAGCAUCGGUUAGAAUAACAAUCAAGACAUUACUAAGACUUUCAGCACAAAUAAUCUUCAUAAUAAAACACAAAUAAUUCAUAGACAGCAACCUUCUCAGCAGCUGUCCCAUCGAUAAAACGAGGAUGCGAAUCUAACUAAGAACUCCUUCAAUCUUAAUAGGAUUAUAAACUAAAAGACUUUCGUCUCUUCAAUUAUAAGUACUUACAACCUAGAAAGCCUAAAUCAAACAAAAAAUACCAUGGACUAAAGUAAAUUAAGUUUGACAGCGAGACUGGAUAACAGUACAGCAAAGGAGAUGCCUUAGAAGUUCUCAAUAAAUAAUAUUAAGAAAAUGCAAGCUUAGUAUACUAGGAUUUUUCUUUAGAAUAUUGAAGAUUUCUUUACUGUGCAAAAGGACAAGAUAUCACAUGACGAAAGAAUGGUCUAGAGUUUAGAGAAUAAGAUCAAGAAUCUGGAAUUAGAGUUAGAAGCUUACAAGAAAUAGGAUUAUGAUUCAGGAAAGAUUAAAAUGAUACCUCUAAGAGAAUUCAAGGAGAAAAAAGAAGAGUACCUUAAAAUGUUUGAUGACUAGGAAAAGGUCAAGGCAGUCUUAUUGUCGAGAAUUUCCUUGCUAGAGAUUAAAUGUGACAGACUUUAGGACAUAAUAAAUGAAACUGAAAACAAGGGUUCAUCUCACGUUCAAAAUCUUAACUAGCUAAUGGCUCAAAUUUAAGAACUUAAUGAUUAAAUGGCAUCAGUUUAGGAGACUGCUUAGAUAGAAUUCAAGAACAAAGAUAAAUUGCUAAUUAAGAUGUACGAAGAAAGGACCAAAAAUCUUAAUAAAGUGAAAUAAUUCAAGGAAAAGCUAGAGCUAAAGGAUAAAGUAAUGGGAGAACUGACCUAGAGAGAAAAGGAAUAUACUAACAAGAUUUAAGAACUGUAAAGCAAAAUAGUAGAUUUGAACUAGCAUGCUGAUUAAAGAAACAUUUACAUUCAGGAAUUAAAGAAUCAGUUGAAUAAGAAUUUAUAAAUGGGGAAUGAAAAGGCUUAAAAAAUGGAGGAGUUGACCACGAAACUUUAGGAAUUAGAAAGAGCCAUAAGAUCUGGAAAAUUUAGCAAAUAAAAUCUGGAUCCAAUUCAUUUCUAGGUAUCUCUAGAGGGAUUCAUGUUUAAACUAUUUAAUGAUGACCCAUAUGCACUCUCUAAUAACAUCAGAUUAGGUCUACAACUAGGAAAUAAAAACAUACAUCUUAGUCAUGCAGGGCUUGAACAUAAAGUUCUUGUAGAAAACUCACUUCAUUAGAAUGAAUAAGAUUCUGAUCACUUAGGCAAGUAUUAGAUAAUAGAUGUAAAUUAGAUUAACUUGCAGAAAUUCAUUUAUGCAAAGCCAAAGCUAUCUAUGCUGAUUGAGAAUGUAAUCAGUCAAAAGCUGCAAUUAAUAUUUGAACCUCCUUAUGAAUAAUGGUUAUUUAUGACAAUUAGAGGCAUAUUAGAUUCUAAGUAUUUUGAAAUGGUUCUUAAUGAGGACUCUUAUUCAUUCUAUAAAUCCUCAAAAUUUGUUGGUAAAAUUUUGCAUCUAAAAUUUAAUUUAGACUUCAUUUAUUCAUGGCUUGGAAAUUUCUGUGUUGAUAAAACAAGUAAAAUGGUGAGAGGUUUGGAAUUUUAUGAAAAAGACAGAGCUGAUAACCUAAGGCUUUAAUUAGUCUUGGGAUUUUGCUUAUAGGAUAAAUUAGCAGUUGAUGAGCAAUGCUACUAUCUACAUUGCAGGAACAUGCUAUUUAAAGGUCCCCACCUAAAGGAUACAGGGUCUCACUAAAGAAUGCAUUUGAUAGAUCUAGAUAGAGUCAAUGAAUUUGUAGACCAUCUAUUUGAAAAGAUGCCUUAAGAGGACACUAUUAAGCUUAAGUCUAGACUUAAAAGUCUAUCUAGAAGAGCUCCUGUAUUUAAAACUGAAGACGAUGAGCUUGACUUUGGAGAUAUCUUUGGGAAUAAGCAUAAUGAGAAACCUAAGGUUAUGGAUUAUUGGCAAAUAGAUUAAGGCCUUGUGCUAAGAAUAUUGCUUGAGUACUAUAGAAGAGAGAAAAAGAUUAGAAUAUUACUGCUUAAGAGAUUAUUUGAAGAAGAACCCAAGGACUCCUUUAAUAACAAGGGACACAUAUGCUUUGCAGGCUUUAGAAAAAUCAUGGAGUAGUUUGAUCCAUCAAUCACUGAAAUUGAUAUUUCAAGAAUUUAUAGAGAUGCAUUUGUGGCAGGAAACGGAGUUGUUAAUUUUGACUCUGCAAUGGUGGUCUUUAAUGAGUAAAAUUUCUUUGUCAGGACAUUGCAGAUCAAGGGAAGAAAUGAAAGCCCUAUAGUUAAUCACCUUAAUGAUAUUGCCUUGCCUAAUAACCUUACUGAAGAUCAGAUCGCAUAAUUGCCUGAUGAAAAAGUCAGAGAUACUCAAAUUAGUGCUUUUAUCUAUGAUCACUGGAGAAAUAACGAGAGCAACUUCAUAUCAAUCAAGAGAUUGAUUGAGAAUGCAGGUUAGGAAGCACUUCUUAAUAGAUUCAUAACUCUUGAAAACUUUAUUAAGAACAAGGGUUAAAUAGAUUCAGCUAAGGUAAGGGGCAAAUCAAUGAUCCAAGUAUAUAGAAGAUUCAUGACAUUAAUGGUGUGUUUCCGCACAAUGUUCCUAGAGGUGUGUGAGGAUGACUUCAGUUGCUUUAGUUCUAACUAGACCAAAACUCUUGAAUCUAUUCAAAGAGAGGUAAAUUACUUCAAUGAAAUAUUUGACUGGGACAAUGAAAUGAUUGUGAAUCUGAGUAGGAUUCCUAAGGGUAGGGAUGUUACUGACGAGAAGAGGUAUUGGAUUCACAUGCAAAACCUAUUUUGUAAUGGCUAUCAUAUAACCAAAGACUCUAUCAAAAGAAAUGCUACCUUGAAGAUGACUUGA